CAGCAGCGCUUACUCCCAAAGGGGGAAAGCGUGCGUAAAAGGAUCGCCGCCUCGGAUUCCUUUUUCCUUCCCCGCGCCGCCUCCAGCCAUGCUUACCCACGCCUCGUGCCGGUGAUUGGAGGCGAGGCAGCCAGCUGGGGGUAUAUGCGAGAAGGGGGCGGAUAGGUGCCUCCUGGAAGAGGAGGAGCGGCGGCGGCGGCAGUGGAGGGAAGGUCAUACCGCUUUAUAGAAAGAGGGGAGGAGAAAAGGAACCGCUCCAAUUGCCCGCUGUGUCUACUGAACCGGGCGGGGGGUAACGCUCUUGAUCAACCCGUUCCGCCUUUGGCGCUUUUUCUGGAUUUGCCUCUGCCACGCGCGGGCGCGCUUUCUUCUAAUUCUUCAAAGCGUUGGAGCAGAGGGCGCCGCGGGGGGCGGGGGAGUGAGGCGUGGAGGUGAGAAAGGGAGCCGGGCGCGCGAUUGGACACUCCGCGUUCUAAAGAGGCUGCUCGUUACUCAGCGUUCCGAAAGGCUCGGCCGAGCAUUCCAAUCCGCAUCCGGCGCUUCUCUCCUCCGCCUCCUCGCGCUCCGAAAGCCGCAACUGAACGUUCUAAGAACGCUCCCCCUCGACGCGUUCUAAGAGGAGGCGCCGUUCUUUCUUUGCUGAGCGCGCGGUGGAAACAGCCUUUUAUUAUUUUUUUCCUCCUUCUCUUUUCGCGACCGCCCCCUCGCACGAGGAAUCCGAGCAGCGGUCGUUGCAGUUCCGUUUACUCCCCCCCCCCCGCUCCCUUUUCAGUUCCCCUUCCCUCCUCCUCCUCCCUGAGCCUUUUCUCCCGCAGAGCCCAGCGGCCAUGGAGGGAGUCGGCGCGCUGCUGGCCGGCUGCCCCACCGCCGGCCUGGCCGGGGGCCUGGGGGUGACUGUGUGCGCUGCUGCCGGCGGAGUCCUGCUGUACAAAAUCGCCCGGAGGAAGAAACCCACCCACAUGACUGUGAAUUGCUGGUUCUGCAACCAGGACACCGUGGUUCCGUACGGGAACCGGAACUGUUGGGAUUGCCCCAACUGCGAGCAGUACAAUGGCUUCCAAGAGAAUGGAGAUUACAACAAGCCGAUCCCAGCUCAGUACAUGGAGCAUCUGAACCACGUUGUCUCUGGGGCCGGCGCCUUCUACGACCCCACCAAGCCCCAGCAGUGGGUGAGCAGCCAGGUCCUUCUCUGUAGGAAGUGCAACAACCAUCAGACCACGAAGAUUAAGCAGCUGGCAUCCUUCACACCCAGGGAGGAGGGCAAGUACGACGAGGAGAUUGAGGUGUACAAGCAUCACCUGGAGCAGACCUACAAGCUCUGCCGUCCUUGCCAGGCCGCAGUGGAGUACUACAUCAAGCACCAGAACCGGCAGCUCCGCGCCCUGCUGCUUCGGCACCACUUCAGCCACCGGAAGACAGACAAGACCUACAUGCAGAGUUUUUAUGCUGCGGCUUCGUCCACCGCCACAGCCACAACCACACCAGCCCAAGUGAUUGCUCUCCGGUUCCUGGCCUUCCUCAGCUGCAUUGUUCUCGUCACGAUGGCCUUGUACGGGUCGGGCAACCCGUUCUCCCCUGAGCAUGCAACUCCUCCUGCUCCAGCAAGCCCUGGGCCAGCGAGGAACGACACUGGCUCAUCGCCACCAGCAGUGCCACCACCAGGCAACGGCACUCUCCUGGAAGUCCUCAGCUGGCAGGAAGUGAUCCAGCUGUUGCCAGAGCAAGUCGUGGAGACUCUGAGAGUGGCUUGGUCUUACGGGAAGAAUCACCAGAUUGCGGUGGUCGUCCUUGGUCUUCUGACGUGCUCCUUAGCCAUGCUGCUGGCGGGACGAAUUAGGCUUCGCCGGAUCGACGCCUUCGCCUCUGUCCUGUGGCUCCUGGUGAUGGGCUUCCACUUGGUGGAGCGCUACCUGCAGGCAGACACCCCCAGCUGGCUCGACACAGCCAAGUUCGGCACCACCUCACUGUGCUGCCUGGUGGGCUUUGCGGCUGCUGUGGCCACCCGGAAACCAACGGGCCAGCGGAGACCCCGGCCCCGAAGGUACCUCUCUGGGGAUGGUUUCUCUCCGUUUCCGUACGGCGUUGAUCUUGGCUUUCCGUCGCCUCCUUCUUCUCCCUCCAUCUUCAUCCCAACUCCUCCCAGCAUGCUUCCGCUGACCAGCCAGACGCUCUUCCGCUCACCGCGCCGGACUUCCUCUUCCUCUCUCCCUGGAAGGCUGAACCGGGCCCUAUCUCUGGGCACCAUCCCUUCUCUGGCCCGAACCGAUUCUGGCUACCUCUUCAGCGGAAGCCGGCCACCAUCCCAGACCUCUCACUCCAAAGAGUCUCCUACAUCAGAAUAUUUUUCCCUCCUCUCGGGGAGCUGUGUCUCCUCCCCUGUGCCUUCGCCAGCACCAUCCGUGGCCGGCUCCGUGGCUUCCAGCUCUGGCUCCCUGCGUUACCGACGGCCCCUCAUCAGCCCUGCCCGGCUCAACCUGAAGGGCCAGCGGCUGAUGCUGUUCUCGGCCCACAGCGAGGCCCAGCAGCAGGAGGACCUGGCCCACUCGGAGAGCAACGUUUUCGCCACAGAGCUGCCCUCCUUUCCGAAAAGGAACCUAAGCGAGCGGGGACUGCAUGAUAUGAGAGCCAUAACGGAAGCCGGGAGCAUCUGCAGCGAUGGCACUGUCAAGAAAGGGGAGAACUCGUCGCACUCGUCGAGCUGUGUGGUGGACACCACGACGAAAGGGGAGGAACUAACAGGCUGGAGGGGCCGUUUUGGCAACUCGGCGCUCCGAGGUCUCCUUGCCGUGAGCCUGACCGUCAACGCCAUCUUCACGUCAGCCUACCUCUACCAAAACCUGCGCUGAGCCAUGUUGCUGGGGACUGAUGGCCAAACCACCACCGCCACUUCCUCUUUGUCCUCUUCCAAAGUGUCGCCACACUCCUUCCAAAGAGAGAGAAGGGGGUGGCGGCGAUUCUAGGACGAGGAGGACCCAACCACUGUGCAGCCCUUCCAUCGUCAUAUCUGCCUCUUGGCCAUCCUCAAACUGCUGAUCGCAAGAGAACACCCCCCCCCCCAUCCAUCGCCACUGACCUCGCCUAGAAACAGAACACUUUCUCAUUUUAGGGAACUUUUGUGACCCAGGCUGGGUGAUGGUGGGGCUGUUUCAGCCAGUGUUGGGCUUCUCCAGUUACUUUGCACCUUUUUUUGAACCGGUUUAUCGGGAUGAGCUUGAAGAUGCUGGCCAAGGGACUUUCCUCCUCCGCUUGUUUAAUGAUGAAACGUUAGCGUUGCUGACGUCUUGUUUGCAAAAGGACCGGGAAACAUGCCAUUUUGGUCUCCGGUAGUUCCACGCCAUUUCGUUGCUUCGUUGGCCUCGUUAUCCCUAACAAGACUUCCUCUCAGUUUUCCCCUCUCUCCAGUGAGAGAAGGAGAGGGAGGACCAGCACAUUAACUCAGUUGCUCUGUGGCGUUCUUUUUCACCCUGGUUCCUUAACCACUUGCCACUCAGCUGCAGUUCGUUUAUUGGUGCUGCCAUCGUAUCUGUUUGUACUUGUUUGCAAUGUUUUGCGGAUUGGUGGAUUGUGGGGUUUUUGUUUUUUUAAAGUCAGUAUCCAGUAUCGUAACUCCAUUUUUGCCUCACGUACAGGCACCACUUCUACUGUAACAAGACGUUCUGAUGUCACUGGUACACACUCCGGCUCUCGACGGCCAGGGUGUUCGCUGGGUGUUUCUGAGUUGGAUUUUUGAGAAAUUUGCUCUCAACGUGGUGUACUAGAAAUGCCACAACUGGGAGACAAGUGGGUGUAGAAACAGGCCACUGUUUGCAGCUUCAGAGGUCUGUUUCCCGCUGCAUCUGUGACGUGUGGAUAUCUUCGUUCAAAACUUCUAUAUAUAGCCAAAAGCUGAAGUAGGUCAGGUUAAGGAAUUCUGCCUUGUGCUGCAAAACUCAAAAAUGAAAUUGGUGCUUGCUGUAUCACUUGGACUGUGUUUGGAUUGCACACAUACAAUCCAACCCGUUAGGUGGAACGGGUUACGUGACUGUACCUCUGAGCAACAAAUAAGUAAAUCCCUGCACUUAAAAAGCUAGCAAGUUGGGGAAGUUUGAACUGACACUCUAGUUAUCUGUGAGUAGGGAUUUUAUUUUAUAUAUAUAUAUAUAUAUCAAU